GUUGUCUCGUCUGAAACGGAGGGGGUGUCGCAGGUCGCAGCCUGUACCAUCGCCUCGUCCCCGCCGUCAUCGCCGUCGCAGCUGCCAUUGCCGGAGCGGGGCGGUGGCCAUGGAGACCGACGAGAAGCGGCGGGGGAAGGAGGCGGCGGCGCUGAGCGGGGGCCACCUCUGCCACGUGUGCGGGUACCAGUACCCCAACCCGCACCCCAGCGCCAAGCUCCGCCGCUCCCACCGCAAGCACUGCGGCAAGGCGCCGGCGGCGGAGGAGGAGGGAGCCGCCGUGGGGCUGGGGGUCGGCAAGCGGGAAGAGCGCAAUGCGGCCGAGGGGACGCCGCUAGGCGGGGAAGGAGGAGGAGAGGGAGAGGGGCGUUGCGCGGGCGAGGCGAACGGAGGCCCUGCGUUGCGCGGAUCUGCGAGAGAAGUUGACGAUUCUGUGGAGGACAAGGAGAACGCAGCACAUGCUUCUCCCAUUGAUACUGGAGUUCAACUCAUCACCACUGAAUUUAGUGAAAAUGGCCUGAUUAAUUUCAUAAACAGUAAAAUGCCUGAUGAUACUGGAGCUCAAGUCAUCACCAGUUUAAGUGAAAAUGGCCUUGUCAAUUGCACCAGUAAUUCUAUUGAAAUUGUAGAUGAAGGCAAUGGAACUGAAUCGCUGAUUGCUUGCACUAAUGGAGGUCAAAAUAAAGUGGGUCAUCCAGCUGAACGAGAAGACAGUUUUGAUGAGUACCAGGAUGCAUCUCCGUUUCUUCUUCAAUCAGAUUCUGAGGAUGGUGCAGCACCCAGUUCAGUAUUUUCUAUAGAAAUCAAUAAUUUGAGUAUUGUUUCAUCAGGAUCAAGCGUAGCUGCAAAUGAAAUUUCACUGGAAACAAAUGGAUUAUGCAAAGAUCAAUUUUCUGGAGAACCCAAUAUGACCGAUUUAUCUGCUGACUCCAAAGUUGGAUAUAAUUUGGAUAAUGGAUCUCUUAGAUUGGCUGGACCUGAAAUAAGCCUGAAGCUUGGGGGUCCAUAUGAAUGCGCUGUGAAUGUUGUGAGUAAUGAUACAGGUAUAGUUGACAACAAAUCUGAUAAAACAUCGGGCAAUAGUGAGUUGAUUGGUGAUUUGCAUCCAUCUCUUCAGGAAAACUAUCCAGUUGUUUUGGACCCAGAAUUGCAGUCUACAUGUUCCGGAAAGGUGAAAAGCUUUAUGGAAGAUAAGAUGGGUGUUUUGCAUACCAUGUGUGAAGCGUCACCAAGACCAGAAGUAGGAUCAGAUAAUGUUGAGUUGGAAACAAUCACUGAUUCCAGCACUAGCGCCAUGCCAAUUGGAAAUGAGUUGAAGGUUGUUCACACUGAAAAUACACCCUCAGAACGCUCCAAGGAGCUCCCCACACGGAACUGGCCUGUUAAGGAUUCUUCAGAUUUUCACCUGCCUUCUUGCCAGGAAAAUAUAAUAUGUUGUACAACUGGUUUUCAGAACGGUUUUCCUGCUACUAAUGUGGAUGACAUGCUCAACUCCAUUGCUGAAGACAGCUGCAACGAUCUGGAUUUCACCUUUGAGGAGAGACAACAACUAGAUAUUGUUGAGCAAAUUGUUAAUAUAGCAGAAGAAAAUCCUUCUGUACAGAAGACUAAUGGAUUCACUGAGGAAGUCUGCAACAAACAGAUUGACCCUGAGUUUCCUACAGAAGCUUUACUAAUGGAUCAAAUGUCUUCUGACAAGAAUCCAUUUAAUCUAGAUGAUGGCAAGAACGAUGACUUAUUUGAACUUCCUACUGACAGCUGCUAUUUAAAGUUACCAAAUGCUAUUGAAUCUCGACAGCAAGUUGAUUCUACAUCCCUGACAGUGGACCAGCCGACAGUCUCUAACCAAACUAGGAUGGCUGAAGCGCAACACUGUCAUAACUCAAAUGAGUGCAUAUUAUCUGCAUCAAGUGCUAGAGAAAAUGAUCACCCAGUUGGUCCAGAUGACAUGCCUGUCAGCAGUAGUGCCGAACUUGUGAAGAAUCCUUGCUUGACUGAUGUGCCAGUGGACCAUGGCCUGCAAGAAGAUGAAGUACAUACAGGUGGUAUCAUUUUCGUGCCAUCUCAGGUAUCCCCCAUGGAGCUCAGCACAGUAUCCACUCAGGAGAUUACUGCAGUAUACAUCAUGGAUAGUGUUGAAAUAAAACAGGCUGACAACACUACUGCAAAGGAUACAUAUGCAGCUAAUGUUGAAGAAAAGAAGCUGACUGAAGACACUGCUGCAGAGAUGAAUUUGGUACAAGUACAACACCCAGAUUAUGUUGAAGAGAAGAAGCAGGCUGGCGGUACAAUGGAGGUGAGUGCAGUACAGAGCAUGGGAAAUCUUGAAGAAAAUAAGCAGACUGAAGUCACAAAUGCAAAGGAGAUGAACCUACGGUUUAAAGCAGAUGUUGAAGAAAAAAGGCAGGCUGAUGAGACCAGUGCAGAGAAGACAAAAGCCAUAUGUCAUACAGACAAUGUUGAAGAAAAGAUGCGUGCUCAAGACACUAGAGCAAAGGAGAAGAUGGUUGCAGCACAAAGCACUGGUGAUGCUGAGGAAAUGAAGCAGCCAAACGGCAUAGCUGGCCAGGAGGGAAACAAUCAGAACGAAGAGAUUGCUGUCACAGGCGCGCGGUUGAAUUCAGGGAGGGUCCAUAUGCCUCUGAAGGUCCUCCUUGCCGAGGCAAACUUGGAGAACAAAGUAACAAAGAAACCGAGUACCAAGGAACGAGUGCUGUCGUUUCGGCGCCGGGUGCCCAAGGAGGACAAUUCAUCGGCGAAAUCAGGGUCCCCUAAAUCCGGUUCCGAUGGCCAUCACUGGAACUCCCCUGCCAAGCUGCCUCGCAAGGAUAUUGACAAGAGAUCCAAAGCAAGGAAGCAGCCGUGGAUGCCAUUCAUCUGCUGCCACUCCGUACACUGAGGCUGCCUUCUUCAGAGUUCAGACUUGAGAUGCACCACGCGCAUCUUGCGAUCUAUGUUCUUGUAUUGCAUUGGUCUACAGCUCUACGUAUGCUGCUGUAACUAACGCUAUCCAUCUCUUUGUAGAUAGUCCGUGCAAUUAAGAUGGUUUGAUAUGUCAUAAUAUCAGACACUUUGAAUCGGUGCAAUUUUGAUGCAUCGCCUCCCGACUUGAUAUGC